GUGAUCGGAACAGCAGCGCCGCGUCUUUCACUUUUUGGGUCAGAGAGCGCCUCCAAUAAAGUUUGAUUGGAUAAAUAUCAAUUAAUCAGAAAUUUUAUCCACUUGCCUCGUUUUCUGCAUUAUCUCUUUUUUUUCUUUAAGAUAGGAUCUUUUUUCUCCUCUUAAUUCUUCUGAAAUAAAAGGAAAGAGAAACUUGGAACUUUACCAACAUGAUGAGAAGUCAACAGGAUCAACAAUCUAAGCUUCUUUACGAGCUUUCCUCUUUGAUUUUUAACAUUCUGCGUUCUCCAACGACGCCGUUCGAGUUUUCCGACCAGUCGCCUGUUAUCCAACGCAGUACACAGACGCCGCCAGCGAGGCCGAUGCAGCAGAUUACUCCGGCGGGCUUUGCUUCCCUGCUUCUGGGUAUUUCUAUGGCUUUAAUGCUCUGCGGAUCUGUAACGUUCUUCAUUGGGUUUUUCAUGAUGCCAUGGAUUCUUGCCUUCGUGUUGAUUUUGUAUCUAGCUGGAAUUGUUUCUGUUUUGUCCAUGAUUGGACGAGCCAUUUUCUGCCCUAUGCCUUCAUCACAAUCACAUGGUCAACCCUGUAAAAUAUUAUGAAGCAAUUUAAACAUUUGUACUGGGACAGAACAAGGGUGAGGAGCAUGGUUGAACUCUUUAGUAUGUGCAGUUUCUUGCAAUGUUUCAAGAAUGUAUGCAGGAUCUAUACAUUGCAUGGUCCUUAUUGCAGGAGGACAGCUUAGGCAUUUGAAAGUGAAAAUACUUGAUUAGCAAACACUUACUGUAUAGAAAGACUCAAAAUGGAUGUGCCACGUUCUUUUAUCUUAGUGCACUAUGUUGUAUAUCUUGUCCCAUUAGAGAUGUAGAAACAGUAACCCGAGUGAUCAAAGCUUAAUUAGUAUUUAGCUGCGAGUAUUUCCCUGAUAUAAAGGAAAAUCUCCUUGUUCCAA